AACGCUGAGGCUAUUGUUAUAGAUAGGUCGGUACAUUGUAGCUGGUUAGAGCAGGGGUCUGCGGUAAGUCAGUUUCACCAACUUAGUUACCUUCCUUCGCAGCAUCUCCCCUUCUGCACCCAAUCCGUCGCCUGCUAACUUCCUCCAUUUGAUCGCAGCAAACCCAAACACCCCCACCGGCUAAAAAAGAACCUUUUCAUUAAUACGACUCUGUUUGGAAAAAAGGUUGAUAGCAUUUUGUAUGAAAAGCUGUUGUGGAGGUAAAAAAAAAGGACUCGCCCAACCAAGCGCCAUUUAAAUACCCGUACAGCACUCACAUAGGAGGGAAACUGCCGAUUAUAAUCUACAUUUCAGACAUUGCUGAGCCUGGUCGUGUGAGGGAGUUGAAUAAACAACUGUUGAGCUGCAGGCAUGAAAUCAGUGGCAGCUGACAUUCUCGAGCUUAGUGAUGUCUCUGUCCAGGUCGCUCGAUGUCACCAGCAUUGGCUAGGAAAAUGGGUGACUCCACAGUUAAGGUGAGAAAUGGAGAUGGCUGUCAGCAUAAAGCGCAAAUUCGAAGAGGUAGAUGGUUCGUCAUUGUGUUCUUCACCCAAGGAAUCGGAUGAUGACAUUUCCAGCAGUGACAGUGCAGACAGCUGUGACAGCCUCAACCCUCCCACCUCCAGGGAGCUGAGCCCAACUUCAAUCUUGAAGAAGCAGAAGCGGCUGAGAGCGAAGAAUGUUCGUUUUGACCAGGUCACUGUCUACUACUUCACACGCCGUCAAGGGUUCACCAGUGUGCCAAGCCAGGGAGGUAGUUCCCUGGGCAUGGCCAGGCGCCACAACUGCAUCCGCAGAUACACACUCUGCGAGUUUGCACAGGAGCAGGAACACCUCCACAGGGAAAUGCUCCGUGACCACCUGAAGGAGGAGAAACUCAAUGUGCGAAAAAUGAAGUUGACAAAGAAUGGUACGAUUGAGUCGGAGGAAGCCAAUGUGCUCACGAUUGAUGAUGUUUCUGACGAUGACAUUGAUGUGGACGGUAUUGAGGUAGAUGACUAUUUCUUUUUACAACCACUACCCACAAAAAGGCGAAGAGCGUUAUUACGUGCAUCAGGCGUCAACAGGAUUGAUACGGAGGAAAAGCAUGAGCUGCGAGCCAUUCGCUCGUCCAGGGAGGAAUGCGGGUGCGACUGUAGGUUUUACUGUGAUCCUGAAGUGUGCCCCUGUAGCAAAGCGGGAAUCAAAUGCCAGGUGGACAGGAUGUCUUUUCCUUGUGGGUGCUCCAAAGACGGAUGCGCUAAUGCGGCUGGCCGGAUUGAAUUUAACCCCAUCCGUGUACGGACUCAUUACUUGCACACUAUCAUGAAGCUGGAACUGGAGAACAAACAGCAGGACCAUCAGCAGCCAUUGCCUGCCAUUUCCCAUUGCUCUAAUGAUAGAUACACAGAGGUACAAGACUAUCAGGAAUUUACUGCAGAAAAUUAUGACUUGGAGAAUGAAACUGCUGUCAUGCACUUACAGUCUGCUGAGGAGAUGGACAGGAAAAAGGAAGAGGAGGCUGAUUUAACCAGUUCUAAUGUAACUAUGGAUACCGGUGUAGACAACCUUGAAGUUUGUAUAUUAGGAGAUCCUGUGGCUGGACCUGAUGAAGCCUGUGAAGGCCUAGCAACGCCUGUUGUGAUUCAAGCAGAAGUGACUCCUGUUUCUCCUGUGUUGUGUUUUGCUGACAGCACUGUUCAAGAUAGCUCAACACCUGAGGAGCAGACAUAUUUAACCAACCCCACAGUGUUAUAUUAUCAAAUCAACCACAGCUGUUCUGUAGAUGUGAACUGCAGUGAUAGGGAGGCAAAUUAUGUGGAAGCAAGAUUAGAAUCCAAUUGCAGUAAGGAAAAUGCUGUAGAAAAUUUAAUUGCUGCUACCAAUUGUUCAUUGCCAUCUUGCGUGUCUGUCACAGAGCACUUUUCUGAAAACACAGGGACCUGUAAAUACAGUCAUGUAAAAUUUCUCUCAAUGGAAUAUCGUAAUUCCUCAGUAGAUGUCGGUACUAAUGUAUAUACUGAAAAUACUAAACAGGAAUUCCAGCUGCAUUCAAAGCUUCAAAAUGGCUUCCCUAGGGUCUCUGAUGGUGACCUUUGUAUGUCUGACCUGACCGUGGAGAAUACAUGUUCCCAGUCUGAAGGUCAGAGGUCCCCAGAGGAAGCCCCUGCAGCAAACUCUGUAAUGAUGUAAUGCAUAAUUGGAGCUAGUUUGCACAAUUGCCUGUAGCUUUUUGCUGAUUUAAAUGUCUAUUUAUUUAGAAUGUUUUUGUAGUAAAACACAAAUUUUAAAAAAAAAUCUUGUAGCGGAGACUGAAGUUAGGCCUUUAAAAUUGGCAAAAAAUAUUCAAAUCAGAAAAAAAGCCCACAUCUUCCUGGUGAUGAACCUUACUGACACAAGAGAUGGAGGUAGAAAAUAAUUUUAGGACACAGCAGUUUGAUUCUGUCACAAAAACUAGGAAUUAACGUUAAAAUUUUAAUUUUUUUAAACCAAAUGUUUACUUUUUUAAGCUAUGACUACCCCUUUGUCGCAGAAAAUGCACAAUAGAGCAAUGGUUAACGUCUGUGGGGAGAAUGCUUCAGGCUCCAUUUUGUGUUGUUAGUAUUUCAAAUCCAUUAGUGCUGACUCCAUGAGUACAAUUUCUAGUAUUCCUACGGUAUUGCGUACCGUGUAGGCUGUGGCCUCAAAUAGAGCCUGCAUUGUUUUAGACUCAGUCAGAUUGAGUAAUUUGAGUAUAUGUUCCCCCAAAGGGGAUGUGUAGUCUUGGACAAAAAUCUUGCAAGGCAAAAACUGGCAGCUUUAAAUAUGGGGCCAAUUUGGGGUGUCCAGAGUAACUGGUGCUGUGCAGUUCUGUAGUCACAGUGAAGUAUUUGCUUCUCUUCAUGAAUCCUGGGUCUGGUUGAAUACACCACCAACCACUGCAGGCUUUUAGAGGUUGCUAAUGACCUUAUUCUUGGUAUAUCUCCUACUUGUUUCCACACUGUGUAGUUUCAAGGGGCAUUGUCUUUAUUAAAAAUGUUUGGCAAUAUUUGUUUUUGGAAGGGUGGGAAGACCCACUAAUAGCAAAUUUUCAAUAGUGUGUUUUGACAUUGUCAUGGUUUUGUGUAUUUGGUAAUUUUCUUCUGGUGAAUCUUUUCCUAGAGAUACCCCUAGCCCCCACCUCUGUUCAAACUGGACUUGUUUUUAGAACUGGUAACAGAUCCACAAAGGUGUUGCAUUCCUCCUCUCAGAUCUACUUUUGUUAAACUCAAAAUAUGCUAACUAACUAAAGCCUUUUCUCACUUUGGGUGAUGAAAGGUCAUUGCAAAUAUUCAUUUCACGUGCUUUAUCAGAUUUUUUUUCUGAAGCUUUGUACUGGGCACCAUGAUACUGAGGUUUGGGAAUGCAGAAACUGUUUUGUAACACAUCUUGUCAGCUUGUGUAAUAGGUCUUAAUGGGUUUCAGCUUGUGCUUUAUUUUUGCCUAGAUCCACUGUGUAGGUUUGAGAAUGUGGGUGGAUGGGAGAUUAUUAUUGGGCCUGGUUUUCAUCAAAACUGUACCUUUUUAUAAAAGAGGAUCUGUCACUGUCCCUGCAUCUCAGUCUGUUGGAAAAACCCAUCCUUAGUCAUGUAAAAAUGCCAAAUCUAUUCCCUAGUUUAAAACCUGAGAAUGAAGUGAUCAUAUUUGCAGUUAAACCCCUGACACCUGGUAGGUUUCCAAGCUUCAACAUUAGCUCUAUUGUUUCAACUUUCGUACAACUUCCUUUUUUCCUUGUCUUGUGCUCCCUUAAUGUAAAUCCAGCGUUUUCCUGCAAUUCCCCACCACCUCCAAUACAAGACUACAAAAAAAACUUGAGUAACCAGACGCAAAAUAGCGGCAUUUCAGAAACAUAAUCUGCACCCAGCUAGUAAGAAAUUUGAAAGUUGUAAUCGAGGACCCUCCUGAAGGAGCAUAUCUGUAGUUAGAGUCAAAGCUUUAAAAUGAACUGGGCUUUGCUGUCCUCACAAAAGUAAAAAGUUUGAAGGCGUGUAUGGAUUUAACCCUUGUAAUUCCAGGAAGUUCUCAGUUGGGCUAUUGAUCCUUGAAAUCAAAUGACUUUAGGUUUUUCCUGCCUUUGGCUAUACCCCUGUCCUCAGUCUUAAUUGUGACUCAUCGAUACAUCGCCUCCCUCUCUUGAAUGAUUCUUGGUGGCCAAAAUGGGACUGGAAGUGUGUGGACUGGCCAGAGGCCGAUUUGAUUUCUUCACUGUCUCCUCUCGACUGUUGUCAUUCUGGAUUCUGUUUGCGCUACUGACUGCUGCUGUGCAAUAGCUGUGUGUGUUGAGAAGCACCACUCUCCUAAAGCCACUUUAUUUUUUCCCCCCUUAUAAAUUAUGCAUUUUAAUCAUUGUGUUUCCAUAGGGCAUUGCAAUUAUAUAAACGGGAAGACUGUUAGAUCUUGAAGUGUGAAGUGACAUUAAAACAUGCUGAAGCACGUCAGGUCCAACAGCUUACGAUCAAAUGAGGAUGCUUCAUCAGACUAAGUUACAGAAUUGACCAAAAUCAUGGAAACAAAGCAAAUACAUUACUAUUCUUGUUAAACUCCAAACUGUUAAGACAUUGGGCAGAAUUUACCCCCCUCCCCCCCGUGUAACAUAAUGAAUGGCAAGGAAGUCUGAAAGUACCAUGUGAAUGAAGAAAAUCUGAUUCUUGAUAGCAAGAAAUUUUUUCCUGAUUUUUCCCGCAAGCCUUAAAUUGCAAAUGCAGAAUCUCACUGUUUAACAGUGACUAGCUUAUUUCCAAAUAUUUGCAUCUCAUUAAAGCUCCACCUCGAUUUAUUUGCAUUCCACCUCCCAUUUCACCCUCCUUGACCGAGAGACGAAACAGCGCAAAUUCUUCUUGAUUACCAGCGAAUUACUUUAUCAGUCAAAUUAUUUCAAGACUUAUUUAAAAGUACUUUUCAUCUACAUACGUUACCGUACACUGAUCAGUAUUAAAUUUCAUUUGCCACUUAAGUUUGCUAAAAUAUAAGGGGGUGGAUAUUUGUAGCUCUGUGCUGCCUUUUCAAAUGAAACUCCCCUUCGUUGGGUGUCAUCUGUGAAUUUGACCAGCUUGCACGGAGUUUCCGAAUCGCGUGGCUGUUGUGAAUUAAAGCAGGAUCCCAGCACCCGAUCGUUGGAGCACUAUGCUCAGCAUAACUUCCAACCCUGACAUCAUUUCCUUAACAAAUACCAACUGCCUCCUACCCGCCAACUGAUUUGCUUAUCAAUUCCUUGGCUUGAUUUUAUUGUGGAACUUCGCCAUCAGGUGGCUGUCUCUUUCGUGUGCCAGGUUGAUUCAGGAUUGUGCAUUAGCUCGCGGCUUCCAAAACUAGUUACGCUUUGAGAGGGCCCGCCGAGCUGAAAAUUAUCACUGGUACUGAAAAUCUCUCACCUCACCAGAACAUUUAGCUGGGUCUCGCAUUCUUUGUGCUAUCCUGGAUGCCCGAAGAAACGUAGACCGUUAAAUCGAGUCCAACUUUGCCAAUUAACUGGUAGAGCUGGAAGGUUGAUGGGAGCAAUGUGCUAAUUUGAUUCAGUAAUUUGUAUCUGUAUAAAUCGCUGCAAAGGAAGACGUGGUGAUCUGAGACUAAAGGAGAAUUUCUUUUUCGAAUUCAGUCUGGGGAAGAAUUUUAAAAUUGUGCCAUUUUAAAUUCUUUUCCGGGUUUACAGUGGGCCAACAGUUGCUUUAGUCUGCCUGUUGGGCUGAUGUGCUGCCUGCGAACUAUUUAUAUUUCAGUGUUGAGAUCUUGUAAGUGUAUUUUUUUCAAUUGUUUCCGUCAUUGCAUAAUCCUGUCUCUUUCAAAGCUAUUGGUUUUCAAGGUCAACAUGUGGUUUCUCGCACCAAAAUUUGUGGUUAUGAUUUUUUAAAAAUUGGAUUUGAAUGAUUUUUGUGCGCAAAUAAAUGUGCGCAGUCAGGCAUAUAUAUGCCAGAGUGACACAUCUGUACAAAAAUUAAUUAAUGUUGCCAUCACAGAAUAAAAUAGCCCUUUCUCUUGACCCCACCACCUAGAACAACCUAAUGACAACCCAAUUAGCUAUUUUAUUGCAGAAAUUGGAAUCAAUCAUGAUUAAGCACAUUGCUUUUUUAAGUUAAAACAGCUAUUUUUAAUGUUUUAAAAAAUAUGUUGCUUUAAGUUCUGCCUCAUCCAUCUUUUACAAAGAUGAGGGGUUGUUCAGUAAAAAACAAUUAACAUCCGCUUCUCUUAACUUGUACUGUACUCAGACUGCCGAACAAACAGUUUCUUGGUGUGAGAGCAUCUUUUCCUUCUCCCGUUGGAGCGUCAAUCCAGGGCCUGCUCGGUAUCUUUGUCCAGGGCCAUAAUCACACCUCUGUCACAGUGUGAAUUUCAGGCACAAACCUGCAUCCUAUCAUUCUGAAACACUGGUGUUUGAGUUACUAAUGUGUAGCUGCUAAGUCAGUUAUGAUGUGCUGUUUUACAGGAUGAUGUGCUCCCUGAUACCAGGACAGAUCCAGAUAUGUGGCAGUUAAGGACUCUGAUUUAGAAGGAUUAUGUUUCUAUGACUAGUGCACAGCCCUCUCAUUAUCAGAAUGCAAUUGGCUAAAAAUGAUGAAUAUGUCUCUUUUCUGUCUACCUUAUGGGCUGUAUACAACAUUGGAUCAGCUAAUUUUAGCUCAAUUCCCAACGGGUCUCUGUAUAUAGUACAGUCCUAGACAGAAAGGACUUGUGUUGCACUCUCAAAGGCUACCAUUUUCUGGGGGAUUCCAGAAGUGGAUAUGGGGGGGAGUAUUUAGCCAAUUUUGCAUCAGUCAUUUUAAAAAAAAAUUCUGGAUGUUUCAGCCAAUCACUACCGAAGGUGGCUGAUACUUCAAAACAAAUGACUUGUGUGAAGAGUCUGUCAUGAUCCUGUUUAACUCGUGUUUAAGUUCCUCACUCUUAAGGAAGGUGCUCUGAUAUUGAUUCCAACCCAUGCCAAUGAUUAAUAAAUCUUUUUGAAAACACUUCAGAAAACUAGAUUGAUACUUGGGCAGCGCAUUUAUACAUUUAUUUAAAUAUUUUUUAUUACUAAAUAUCAAAUCAUUUAAAAAAAACCUUGGUAUGUUCAGGGAUCACAUGAUCACCAGUAAGACUUUUCCUCCUCCACCUCCUCCCCCCCCCCCCCCAACUCCCCAAUAAGGAUAUGUUAGACAUAGCUGAGUAUGAGGUUCCAUUUUAAAUAUAGUGGGUGUAACUGUAGGAUCAUUACAUAUCAAAAAAGAUCUGCAUGUGUGAGCACAUAAUAGUGUUUGAAGCAGGUGCCAUGUUUUGUGAGGCGGGGAAAGUGGGAAUUGAGUGCAGCUAAAUAUAGCCAAGGAACUACAUGGCCUUAAGUCAGAUGAGAAGUGGACUUUUGCUGUCUGGUUUACAAGUUGGUCUUGGAGGCAGAGAGCAACAGCUGGUCAAAAAAUAAAUCAGACUGGUCAAAAGGACAAGGUGGGGUCUGAAGGCUUGUCUCAUUCAAAGGACAUAGUGUUAGUUACCUUGGAAAAUUGAUAAAUGUCACAUUGCAGUUGUUUUAAGACCAGCAUUAAAACUAUCUUGUUUGGGUGCAAUUAAGGAAUUUUGAUACUGCAUUUAAAUCUUAUUUCUCUCAAAUCUCAUUUAAAUCUAAUUAGACAGUUCUUGAUUUUACCUGGUAUAUGACAUAGAUAAUGGUCUAUUCUCCAGGACUGGGCAUUUAUAAAAAUUCAAGAACUCACUUCCAGUGAUUAGUCAUGUUGUAAUCCUCUUAAUCAAAUGAGGUAAAAGAGAAAGGAAAUUUGAAAAAUAUGAUUCUGUGCCAACAGAUGUCACUAUUGCACUUUGUAAGCUGCUUUGUGACCAGAUUGGCGCAAAUGGUUUGGUAGAUGUUUUGUGGAAUGGAAUAUUUCCUGCUGCUGCACCCUUAAGGAGAAAAUCGAUGCUAUAUAAUUGUAGUAUUGACAGUCAUUGUGACAAGAA